AUGCGGAGCGCGAGGUUGAUCUCCUCCAGCGCGUCUUUGAAGAAUGUGUGGGCUCGGAGGGCACGCGACGGAUCCCGGUUGUGGCCGUUCACGCUAGCUAGCCCAUUUAUUCGUGUGGCUCUGACCUGGCUUACUGGUGGAAAUGUCCAGCACACUCGUGCGCGUGUCUUGUCGCGCAUGAAUUGGCUCCUCGGCCUAGCCGCAGCGGUCUACUUUGUCGUUGACGGCCUGUUCCCACCCCGUGCGCUGGGCACUGCGCUCGGGACCCUUGAUAUUCGUGCAGUCGCUUAUAGGAUGGUCGAGGAUCGUGGUUUUCAACGGACAGAGACUCCCGAUAUAGCAGCGGCGAUGCUGGCGCGGAUGGCCAAUGCGGACACUGUCGACUUCGUUUCCAGUGACAAGCCCGACGUAUUCAUGUGCAGGCUCGACACACUCUACACAUGCCCAAAUGUCACAUCGUAUCGGGCGCGCAUGUACACGGUGCAUGCGUACUCGCUCUCUGUGAUACGUCGUCACGCCCUCGUCGCUAGGGCUCCCAUGAUGCAUCACGACUGGCUGGCAGCUCUCUGA